AUGCUCACUUCUACCGACAGCGAUGCUGAUGAUGAGCGCCCAGCCGGCGCUAAGCCCCGGGUCCCAAGAAAGAUCGCGACCCCAACAAGGCGACGCGCUCUUCCGUUGAAGCCAGCCGACAACUGUCCUGCGAUGAAGGAACCAGCUGCCACGUCCUCUCCCGUCUGCAGCCGAGUUGAUCAGAGCACGGUCAUUGAUCUCUCCCAGUUGAUCACAUCUGACUCCGACUCGUCUGCCGUUGAGGCCUCGCACUCUACAGCUCAGGUCGCACAGCCCCUUCCCGCACAGGGAGAACAUACUGCUCAGAGCAGCCAGCCUGAGCAAAGCAUGACCAACCAUACCACCACGACGGAGCUUGCCCCAUCUCCUGAGAACUCCCAGUCUCAGCACCAGUCGGACCCUGAGUCGGAUGACAUCACGGGCAAACUGAUGGACUAUCUUGAUAGUCAGCUAGAGGCAAUGAAGAAGGAGAAGGAAACCUCGCCAAGCUCUGAUGACAACGAGCCAUUCUCCACCGCCCUCGAGCACCCCCCCAAGAUUGAGCCCCAAGAGGACUCUCGCCCGAUCAAGAAGGAGGUUGUUUCUGGUGCCGAAGGCUCUGACGAUGAUCUUGAUGAGGAUAACCCUACCCUAGUCAAGAUGGAGGACGCCGUCGACUCUGAUUCUUCCGAGCUGUCCGAUACGGGAGAUUUCAAUGAUGAGACGCUCAACACCUCAGUCUCCAGCUUCAACGAGCGACUUGCUGCAUCAUACAAGCUUCAGCCCGUGUACAGUGGCGACAAGCUCUCCGAGACCAGCGAGUCCGGCACUCCUGGAUCUUUCCAGCCUCAUCACCGAGACUCCCUCAUCGGCCUCAAGAGCAUUCUCAAGAGAUCCAAGACGUCUUCGGCGCGCGCGAGUGGCGACGACACCGAGUAUUCCUCUUCCCCCAGCGUUUCGCCCCCUUCACGAUCCAGAGGUGUCAGUUCGUCCCCAACUGAGCGCAUCCAGGGCAGUAAGAAGCAAGCCAAGGCUCUUCGGCCCUCUUCUCGCAAGCUUGCAACAGUCGCCGGUGUUAUCAAGAAGCAAGUACCUUCGAAACUUUUUGUUCGGGCCAGAAGCUGGCUCCCCCCUCGGCCAAACGUCAUCAAGCGAGCCAAGACUCCGAGCCCAAAGCAGCCUCGAGGAUGGAGACUUCAGAAGAAGCAAUUGACUCCGUUGAUCCCGAUCCCACCAGCAAGCCUGGAGCGUGUCAGUGAUGAUUCAACUUCGAGCCAAGAGACUCCUUCAAAGCCCCCAGCCAAGCGACCCUCCGCUACAGUGCAACAGCCUACUCAAGCUGUAACCCGCCACAAGACAUCGGACGCUGAAGCAUCCGGGGAUGAGCGGAAGACGACACCCGAGAAGGCUCAGAAGGCAGUUGAGAAAAAGCAACUCAAGCCCAUCACCCACAGCAGCUUGGUCAAACCACCCCGAGAGAUCAAGUCAGCGAUCAUCCGAGACGGUGUUUCGGAGCACGCAAUCAAGUCCACGGUCGCACGCUUCGAGAAGAAGAUGGCCGAAGGCAAAGGGUUCGCCUACAACAAGACGGACAGCUCCAACAUCAAGUACAACUGGGAGGUCGACUGGGGCACGCCUCUUCCUCAGACGGAGCGCAGUUCACGAGCCUUGGCCGCGGAACUGGAGGAACGUGGCAUCAAGACCGAUCGACAAUACGCCAACUUUUGGUACAACCUCACGAUGAAGUACUCCAACCUCGCCGGUUCGCCCGUGCCACUCUUCACUGCCAAGAAGAAGGCCCUCGAGGACGUUGUCGAGGAGGCGUUGCAGAACGAGAAGCGCAGAAAGCGGAAGGCGCGCAAGGCAAAGAAGAAGAAGCAGCAAGAAGAGAAGAAAAAGCAACCUCAAGGAGUCGAGGCACUCCUCCUCUGUGGAGGAGACGAGACUGACGAGGAGAGCAAGUCGGACGAGUCCAUUGACAUGGAGGCUCUCGUCGCCAAGAUGAAGGCUGACGAGAAGAAGCAGAGGAUGCUAACCGGGGUUGGAACGAGCUGCGGAUAUCUCAAGUGA